UAAAAUUGUGUUUUUAGAUAAUGGUUCAAAAAAAAACAAUAUUUUCUAAAAAAGAGACUUCUUUUGGGAGAUGUGUUUCAGUAUUCAAAAAAUCUCUUAGUUUUAAUGCAGUUUGGCAAGAAAAGGAUGAUUUACUGGAUGUUAUUUAUUGGAUGCGUCAGCUUUUUGCUUUAUUAAAUGGGAUAAUAUGGGGAAUAAUACCAUUCCAAGGAAUAAUAGGAAUUGCAGGUUUUUUAGCAAUAAACUGUGCUAUUGUAUAUAUUUACGUAUCAAAAUUUCAAAAAGUUGAUGAGGAUGAUUAUGGAGGAAUUCAAGAGUUACUAAAAGAGGGAUUGUUUAAUGCGUUUGCUGUUUUCUUAGUUUGUUGGAUAAUGGCAUACACAGGCAUCCAUUCUACAAAGCUGUAGCUUGGACAAUGGCAUAUAUAAACUUAUAUAUAUAUAUAUAUUCGUAUAUAAGACACUUUAUAAAACUAUUGGUUGAAAAUGAGUGUUUAAAAAAUGGUUUUACAAAAUGAAACAUUUGUUGGAUAAUUAAGUUUGUUAUUACACAAA